AUGCCCGCCUCACAAGACGUCAUGGACGCCGUCGAGCGCCAUAAAGCUACAGCCCUUCGACCUGUGACUAGACAUAUCACCGGCCACAAUGCAGAGGGAAAGGCUAUCCUCCACUCUUCGACCGAAGUGCCCCUCUCUUUCCACAACCAUGUCACUGCAGGCCAGUCGCACCCAAUGUCCUUUAGUGUUGCCUACACCACCUCGCAAUUCCCGCCGGAUCUGAACAACGACGCCGACCUGGAAGCCCAUAAUAAGCUGAUCGAGUCUGGAAAUCUGGGCUUGGUCAACCCCGGCGGCUCGGUGUUCCGCAUUGUGGACUUUGCGCCUAACAGCCCGGGCGCCGUUCAUCGGACACAAAGUCUUGAUUAUGGCAUUGUGUUGGAAGGUCAGAUUGAGAUGAUUUUGGAGGAAGGGGAGCCCGUUCUGUUGCAGCGGGGUGACCACGCUAUUCAACGUGCUACUAUGCAUGGUUGGCGAAACCCGAGUACGACCGAAUGGACGCGCAUGGCGUUUGUGCUGCAGGACUGUAAGCCAUUGACGGUCGGUGGGGCUCGUCUUAAGGAAGAUUUGGGUCCGAUGAAGGGAGCUAUCAACACGAGUGGGAAUGACCAGUAA